AUGCACGUCGCCGACAACAAUGGUCCUGCGUCAAGCCAUCCUCCGGCGGAUGAGUAUACCUCACUUCUCUCCAAGCCCACCGAUGAUGUGCCUCCAUGGAACGAGAUCUCAGAGCAGAAUGGAGAAGAAGAUUCCAAACACGGAGCCUUCUCUCGGAGUCUCAUACUUGCCGAAUUCUGGAUCCUACUCAAGGACUCUAUCCCAGUGAUCCUGGCAUACACCUUGCAAAAUAGCCUCCAAACUGUGUCCGUCUUGAUCAUCGGUCGCUCAUCACCGCAUAACCUCGCGACAAGUGCUUUCUCGUUGAUGUUUGCUGCAGUCACUGGCUGGAUGAUUGCCCUAGGCGGCACAACGGCAUUGGAUACCCUCGCUUCAUCGUCAUUCACCGGGAGCGCCAACAAACAUGAUUUGGGAAUCCUGCUUCAACGCGGGUUCCUGGUCUUGGGUCUUUUCUAUAUCCCAGUUGCUAUCCUCUGGGCUUUUUCGGAGCCUGUCUUCCUACUCCUUGGACAGGACCCGCAGCUUUCUCAUGACAGCGCGAGGUUUCUGACUUGUUUGAUUCCUGGAGGACUGGGGUAUAUUUAUUUUGAGGUCAUGAAGAAGUAUCUACAGGCUCAAGGAAUCAUGCGAGCUGGAACAUACGUCUUGAUGAUAACAUCUCCACUUAACGCGGUACUCAAUUACCUCUUCUGUUACACAUUCGAGAUCGGACUCCUUGGCGCCCCACUCGCAACGGGCUUCAGUUACUGGCUCUCAUUCGCCCUCUUAGUCCUCUACGCACGCUUCGUCAGAGGCUCAGAGUGCUGGGGCGGAUGGUCCCGCGAGGCAUUCCAAAACCUCGGCACAUUCAGCAGACUCGCACUCCUAGGCGUUGUGCAAGUCGGCACAGAAUGGUGGGCCUUUGAAAUCGUCGCACUUGCCGCAGGACGUCUGGGCACAGUCUCACUCGCUGCUCAGAGUGUGAUCAUGACCGCUGACCAAGUCCUCAACACGAUUCCUUUCGGAAUCGGGGUCGCGACGUCCGCUCGUAUCGGUAACUUGCUUGGUAGCAGGGAUGCUAUUGGUGCAGCCCGGGCGGCGCAUACAUCUGCUCUGCUGAGCAUGGUCUUUGGCGUGGUUGUGUUGGCUGUUCUUGUUGGGACGCGGGAGAACUUUGCGAGGAUCUUUAAUGAUGAUUUGAGCGUUGUAAGGCUUACUGCGGAUGUCUUGCCGUAUGUGGCGCUUUUCCAGAUUGCCGAUGGACUUAAUGGGAGUUGUGGGGGUAGUUUGCGUGGUAUGGGACGGCAGCAUGUGGGUGCUUUGGUUAAUUUGGUGAGUUAUUACUGUGGUGCGUUGCCGUUGGGUAUUUGGCUUGCGUUUCACGGUAUGGGACUCAAGGGUCUCUGGGUUGGACAAUGUAUUGCGCUCUACUUGGUUGGAAUCUUUGAGUGGAUUAUUGUUGCACGCAGUGAGUGGGACGAGGAGGUGCGAAAGGCUUUCCGGCGGAUGGAUGUACAUGAAUGUCUGGAGGCAGGGGUUGAGAGGGACUAG